AUGAAAAACUAUUUACAAAAAUGUAAUGUUAUAAAUAAAAUAACAAAAAAACCGUUGGAUAUCUUUUUUAAAAAAUUCCUUUCAAAACCACGAAUAAAGCAUGCUAUCUUCUUUUCAACCAUAAAAAAUGAAAGUUCACAUGUAAAAAAAAAUAAUGAUACUUAUGAUAAUAAUAUAUUCAAAUGGGAAGAAGAGGAAAACAGUAAAAAUUACAAAAAUGAUAAAAAUCAUAUAGAUGAUAAAAAUCAUAUAAAUCAUAAAAAUCAUAUUAAGGAUAAAAAUGGGUCUUUAAUCAAUAAUAUCAAAAUAUAUAAACAAUCAGAAUUAGUUAGGAGAAUUAGAAAAUAUUGUAGAAAAGAUGAUUUAUGUAAUAUAUAUAGAUUUACAGAUGAAUUCUUAGAUCUUUUAAAUAAACAAGAAAUAGCACACAAUGAUUUUAUUAUAAUAAUUCAUUUAUUAAGUAAAAAGCAAUUCCUUGAAAAAGAUUUUUGGAGAAAUAUAACAAAUUUAAAUAAUAUAAACUUUAUUUUCCAUAUGAACAUAAAACAAAUCAUUCUUUUCAUUUAUAGUAUUGUAAAUUCAUUUAAAUAUAUUCAUCCACAAUUUUUAAAUAUUUUUACUAAUAAUCUUAACUCUGUUAUAGAGAAUCAAAAGAGGUUCUUGUUAAUAUAUAGGGAAAAAAAUAAAAUAGAAAUUCCCAAAAAAAAAGUUCAAGCAGAAAUACAAACAAACAAAGAAAUGCAUAUAAUAGAAAACAAAGCAAACGAACAUAUAAAUCUUAUAAAUAAUGAUUACAAUGAAUAUAAGAAAGAUCAACUGAAUAAUUUAUUAUGUAAUAAAAAUAUAAAUAAGCAAGAGAAUAAAUUGCCUAUUUAUAAUAAUAAGAGAAACCACCUGAAUCUUUUAGAUAUAACCUUAUUAUGUUAUUCAUAUUCUAAAUUAAAUGAUUUACAUAAUUUAGAACAUUUGAAUGAAUUAAAAAACAACAUAUAUAAACUUUUUCUUUAUUUCUUAUUUUUCUAUAAAAAUGAUUUUAAUCAUUUAAUAUUGUUUUUAUAUAGCUAUGUGAAAUUGAAUGGAUAUAUAAAAAAAAGUAUAUUAAUUAAAUUAAAAAAAAACAUAUUAUUAUUAAAUAACAACGCAAACAUAAAGUUCAUGUUUCCAAGUUUGUAUGCUUUAAAUAUCUGUUCACUUAAUAUGUUAAUGAAUAUAUUACAUAAAAGCCAAUUUAAAGAUGAACAUUUUUUUGAAGAAAUUAUUUUAUCGGUAGUUAUCAAUUUAAAUGUAAGUCAACCGAAAAGGAAGAAAAUAAAAAGUAAUAUAUUAAAUGGAAAUUAUGAUAAUAGUGACAACAUUAAUAUAGACAAUUUAAUCAAUUCGUAUGGAUAUGAAAUACAAACGUUUAAUAAUACAGACAUGUAUAAUAUAGAAGAUUAUAUGAAGGAGGGAAAAUAUAUAUAUAGUAAUAAUGAAAUAUAUAAUUACAACAACAACAAUAAUAAUAAUAUUUGCAAUAAUAAUAAUAUUUGCAAUAAUAAUAAUAUUUGCAAUAAUAAUAAUAUUUGCAAUAAUAAUAAUAUUUGCAAUAAUAAUAAUAUUUGCAAUAAUAAUAAUAUUUGCAAUAAUAAUAAUAUUUACAAUAAUAAUAAUUAUUGUUCCUAUAAUUUUAUCACAUAUUUCAAAACAAUAUCAUCUCUUGUUAAACAUUUUGUAAAAAACAAAAACACCUAUUUUUAUCCCCAGCACAACCAAAUAGUACAGCUAAAAAAAAAAGAUUUCUGUUUCCUACUAUAUAAUGUAAAUAAAUUAAACGUAAAAAAUUAUUAUAAUAUAUAUGAUUAUUUAAAAAAAGAAGCAUAUAAACAAAUAAACAUUUUAGAUAUUUAUAACUCUUGUAUUGUAUUAAAUUCACUUGUACAUCUAAAUAUACUUGACGAAAAAAUAUUUAAUAAAUUGUUUACACAUUUUAAAAUUCUUUUUGAUAAAAAUAUUUACAAGGAAAAAGAUAUUAUAGAUAUAUUUGUAUCAUUAAUUACCUAUAGUAAAAUAAAUUAUAAUAUAUCGAAUGAAAUAAAUUCAUUCUUAAUACAUAUAUACAACAAAAUCGAAUAUAAAUUGAAAAAAUAUAAUUUCAAAAAUCUGUUAUUAAUCUUCUGCUAUUCUUCAUAUAUUAAUAUACAUUUUAAUAAUUCCAUAUUACAAGAUUUAUGCAUAGAUGUACUUAACAACUUUGAAAAAAUCGACAUAAAAUAUAUACUUAUCUUUUUGUAUCUUUUAAAAUAUAAAAAUUAUCAAAUGAAUAAUUUCUUUAUAGAUUCAUUAAUACAAAAAGUUUUAUAUAAAUUAAAAGGAGAAAAAAAAUAUUUAAACAUUCUAUAUACGUAUAUAUUUCAAAUUAUAACAGUUCAUUCUUUUCAAUCUUUAUACAAUGAAAAAAUCCAAAAUAUGUUAAUACAGAUGUUAAUUAAGAACAAAAAAAAUUUUAAUUUAAAAGAAAAAAUUAUAAUUUCUUUACAUAUAUAUGUAAAUCCUAUAUUAAUUUUAAAUCAGUCAUGUCUAUCAUUUUGUGCAGAAACUUUUCAAAACUUAUUAGAUUAUGUGUAUAUAACAAAAACGAAAAAAUAUAAAAUAUAUAAUAAAAUGUGUACAAAAGGAAAACAUAAGGACAAUAAAAUAUAUCAUCACUAUUUAAUAAAAACAAAUCAUUUCAAAAAAUAUAUAAAUGUAUUAACAAAUGAUACAAAAAAUAUAUAUAUGAAUGAUCAAAAGUUUUAUCAAUUUUUUCUUUUUUUUUUUAAAAACAACAAUGUACAAGAUACAUCCUCAAUUUGUAACAUAGAUUUUAAUAUAGACCAUAUAAAUAUUAAAGAGUUACACUUUUUUUUUUUAUAUUUAUUAGUAAUAGAUAUUAUACAAGGAAAAAACAAUUUAAAACACACUAAAAAAAUAUUCCAUAUGUUAUAUAGAAAUAUGAAAAAAUAUUCACUGUUAAACGAAAAAAAAAAUAUAUAUAUAAAUAAUCAAUUCUAUUUAUAUUUAUGUAAAUAUUACCAAUUAAAUAUAUCUUUUCAAAAUAUAUAUAUUAAAUUAAAUAAUGAUUCUUUUAAAUAUUUUCUAAGAAACAAUAACAAAAAAUUAUUUUAUCACAACAAAACUUUAACAACAUAUUUAGAUUUAAAUAAUAAAAUGAAAAAAAAAUAUAUACCAAAUAUAAAUGUUAAUAAUUAUUCAAACAAAACACACAAAGAAUAUAAUAAUAAUAAUAAUAAUAAUAAUAUCAUUUUAAAAAAAGAAAAAAUAAAUAUAUAUAAGGAAGACAUAAUAAAAUAUUUCCCACAUUUUGAAGAAACUCUUUUUAAUACCAUUAGCAUAUAUUAUGAAGACCUCUUUUUAUAUAUGCUUUCUCAAAAUAAAAUAAACGAAGAAAAUAUUAAAAAAAAUUUUUAUCAAUCUUCUAUAUAUUACAAUAAACAUAACCAUUCCAGUUCAAUACAUGAUAAUGGUAAUAUAAUCAUAAAAAUGAAAAAGGACAUUUUUAUUAAUUUGUUUUAUAUACCAUAUGUUUUUAAACCGCUAAAACUAACCAUAUAA